AUGUUUUCUGAUGAAAUUAAUAGAGAUUCUUUAAAACUCACUAGCUGCCUUUUAAAAAGCUCUUUAGUGAAAACUAAGAAAGAAGAUGAGGCAUAUUCAGGGAUUAAAGAAAAUGAAGAGCUAAGGGUUUUACUAAAUCGUUAUGAUAAUAUCCAUCAAGAUUUUAUGUAUUUUGGGAAUACUCAAACAAGCGAGUUGAUAUUGAGAAGAUUUUUGCAAAUAAAAGAAAUUCCAGGCGACUACAGAGCAGAGCCGCUUCUUAGAUAUUUGAUAGGCACUAUGCAAGAUUUUGCUUUCAAUGAAAUAGAAACUGCAUUGUGAGCACUCUAUCUGGAUAAAAUUGGCUGGACUGAUGCCAAACUAUCUUUUAAUUAUCUCAUAUGCUAUUCAGCAUUUGCUGCAAAAUCCUUCUUAAACGACGAUAUAAAACCCUACGAAGCAUUUUUAAGCCAGAAAAUUGAAAAUUUCACCCAAAAUUUUUUGAGUUUCCAAACAAUAUAUGAGAAUCAGCUAGAAGUCACGCCGAAAGAAAUUAAUGCAAAAUUAAGAGAGCUAGGUUCGUCAAUCUUGGCUCCCAAAAGCAAGCCGAUAAUAGAUUACAAUUUUUACGUUGACGAAAUUUUAUCACUGUCUCCUCCUUAUAGUUCAGUCCGAGAUACUGCUAAUACACAAAGCCAAGUUAAAAAUGAAGAAACUAAGGUGGAAAAAAAUCGAAAAUGCAAAGAAUCGCUUAAAAAGCUUGGCAGAUCCAAGGAAAAAAACGCUGGCAUUAAAAAAAAAGCUAUUAAAAAUGAAAAAGAUGGAGAAAAGCUCCGAUCUGCGACUUUUGAGUCCUCUGAUCUCUUAAGUCGAAUCGAUUCAUUAUGUUUUAGCUAUGAAAAUUCAAGCUUUACGCCUAUUUUCUCUCCUCCUGCUCCGAAUAAAGCAAACUCAUUAUUAAAUAGAUUAGCAAGUGCUUAA